UAUAUAUUUUCAUUGAAAUAAAACCGUAUACGUGUGUACGAAUUUUAUUUUCGAUUAUUUUACAAUUGCAUUAAGAAUAUUACAAAUUUUAAGUAUUUGUCUGAAAUAAAACAAAAUUUAGGUCAUCCGACUAUUACAUAAUAAUAACAAUAUUAAAAAUUUAAUUGCAAUCAUAAACAAACUUUAACGAAAAUAAAUCUAACUAGAAUUGUUGUAGCCAACUGAAGAUAACUUGGUUUAAUUUGCGGCAAAAAGAUCAUUCACCCAAAGAGUUUUCAUUUCAAAGAGAAAACAACAGGAAGAGUAGAUAUUAACAAGAGAAAGAGAGUGAUUGAUGAUCUUUGGUUAAAUUUUCCCCCAAAAAAGUGACUUUAUGCGUAUAGAACUUGACAUUUGAAAAUUAUUAACAAAAUUUCGUCGAAACUAAUACGCAGCACAUUUGCUGCUGCUCCUCCUAUUUUUACACGAAUUUUGGAUAGAAUAAUGAUGGGCUCCUCUACGGAAAUGAAUCAACAAGAAGAUAACACUAUGAACGAGACCAGCAUACGUUUGCAGGAUAUUAAACAAUUGUGUGAUGAUCACUGUAAAAUAAAAGAUCCGGCACGUGUUGAACGUAUACUAAAUGAAUUUGUUAGAGGAGGAACGGAGCGUCUGCAACUAGUUUCGGACUUUGAUUAUACCAUCACAAAACAACGUACGGCCGAUGGUAAACCGGUGCUGAGUAGUUUUGGUAUUUUAAAUGCCUGCAAGUCAUUGCCGCCCAACUUUAUAGAGGAAUCGGAUAAAUUGUAUCACAAGUAUCGACCGAUUGAAAUUGAUCCUCAUAUACCGACUAAGGAUAAGAUAAAGCAUAUGAUUGAUUGGUGGACUAAGACGGGUGAAUUAUUAGUUGGUUUCCCUUUGGGACAAAGUGAAAUUGAUGGUAUUGCCGGCAAAUAUAAAGAUGCUUUGCGUGAUCGCACUAACGUUCUUUUCGAAACGCUUAAUCGUUUGGAUAUACCCGUCUUAGUAUUCUCAGCUGGUUUAGGCAAUUCCGUAAUAUCCGUAUUGCAGCAAGCCAAUGUUAUGUACUCGAAUGUUAAAGUGGUCUCGAACUUUUUACAAUACAAAGAUGGUUUAUUAAAUGGUUUCCAACAGCCCAUGAUUCAUACAUUCAAUAAAAAUGAAACAGCAUUGGAUGGCAGUGAAUAUUAUGAUUUGGUACAUAGUCGUGAUCAUAUCAUUGUUAUGGGUGAUUCCAUAGGAGAUGCUGAUAUGGCAAAUGGUGUGCCGUCUUCAUCGCAUAUUAUUAAAAUAGGAUUUUUAUUUGAUCAUCCCGAACAAAAUUUAGAAAGAUAUAUGAAUGCUUUCGACAUAGUGUUAAUUGAUGAUCAAACCAUGGAUGUGCCAUUGGCUUUGUUGUCUGCUAUUGAAAACUUUCAGCAACGUUUACAAUCAAACUCAACUUCAAAUACCGAGGCUCAAAUAGUUCAGUAAAUUUGGUUAAGUAGCGGCUAACUCCCAAAGUUUCUAGUUAAGUGUGUUAAUGACGGUAUCUCCAUUAAAAAUAUAUCUAAAACUAACUGUAACUAAUGCAAAGCAUACAUUAUCGAAUCUGUUCUGAAUUUUUUCUAAGUGUAUUUAUUACGUUUUGUUUAAUACCAAUCAAAGGACUCAGUUUUAUUAUCUAAACCUAUAUAAUGUAACUUUAAUAAAAAUAAUACAGACAAGUAUUAAAAAUA